AGAGAAGGGAGACUCAUUCAUGUUUUGCCUCUAGCUGUUAGAAGUCCAGUCGAACGAAUAGUAUACGCUCGUACAGCACGAAUGUUGCGAGCCGUUUAACCUCGGACUAAAUCGAAUCGUAUUGCAAAAUAUAAAUCGUAAAACGUAGGACGUAGGACGUAGAACGUAGGACGUAAGACGUAGGAGGAGCGAUAAAGAAGAUAAAACGUGGAGAACGCAAGGACACAAGAAAUACAGUGUGGGGCACAGCGUGUGUAGCGAUCGAGUAGAACGUGACUGUUUUGAAAAGUGUGCGACAUCGGCCACGUUGCUGUUCACUGCCUGAGUGACUGUAUUUUCUCAUUGGGCGCGAUAAUACCAAGAACCGGAAAAUUCAGUUUCAUGUUCGAAAGAACGAGUUAGAUUUCAAGACUUAUUUGGAUUUGUUGAAUGGGCAACUACGUUGCAAAGUGUUUUCGACUUGAAUUUAUUCGAUUUCUGUGAAUAGAGAUACUACUUAGAAGUAGUAAGAACUCAAUUAUAACAACAUUUCAAGAUUUCUUAGCAUUAAAAUCUAAAACCAUCAUUGAAUUAGCAGUUGAAUCAAGUAGGACUUUGAUAUUUAUGUUUAGAGAAUUACCAAAUUUAUUGUGCAUGGCAUAAAAAGAUUGAGAAACAAUUACUCGUACAAUAUGUUAAUUGUAAUACCUGCGACGGUUAGUGGUAAAUUUGUUAAUGGUGGUAUAUAAACGCGUACACGUGCGUGCCUUGUUUCAUGUUCGAAUAUUGUGCUGCGUGGUUAAUGCUGCUAUUUCAAGUUCUCAUUUUCGAUUUUAUUCGACAAUAUUGACAACUGUAUUGGCUGCACGGUGAUCUGGGUAUUCGUUGGAUGAUCGGUGAUCGUCGCGAUCACCGAUCGUAAAAACAAACAUUUUUAUCGUUUUUGUCGGACGUGAAGGAGGACAAGAGGAAAGAGAAGAAAAAGAAGGCAGAGAGAGAGAGAGAGAGAGAGAGAGAGAGAAAAGAAGAAAAAGACGGGAAGAAAGAAAAAAAGAAGCAGGAAGGAUCGCGUGCGCGCAAAAGGAUGGCCGAUUUGAUCUGUUUUUUGCUAGCAAUGUUCGGGCAAUUGCUCGUUCGUGAAAGUAAGGGUAGUCUCCUUGGCGUGGAACUCGAUAAAACCGGUGAAAAAUUUCUCAAUGAAUAUUUAUCGUUCGAUGACGGCAAAUAUCUCGCGGAGUUACAGGAGUUUGAAGAUACAGCGAUCGAGCUUGAUUUGAUCGAUCAAAAGAAAAAACAUCGACCGACGCAUCAACCGCCCAGGGUGCUCUACCAAAUUGGGGACAGCGAAGACGAGUUGCCCGAAUGUUCAGACCGAAGCGAAGUUUGCAGCAAGGUGGAUUUAUACGGAUCACCUUGGGUCGAGAGACAAUGUCGUUGCCCGGAUGGUCGUGCUUGUCCUAGCAGUUUACACGGAGACGACGGACACACGAUAGUUGAUAAAACACGGCAAUACAAGCUUUGCGAGCCAGUGAAACGUCUACCCAUCUGUCGUUACUUCAAAGACGUCACAUGGACGUUGGCUCCUGGAGGGGGUCCAGCGAACGCGACGGUUCAGCGAGUUUAUUGCCGAUGUCGGCCAGGCAGCGUACCUUAUCUAGUUCGAAGGCAAGCCUACAGAUCUUCCGAGGGAAGUCCAGGAUUUAUCUACGCAUUCGCGUGCUCUCCUCAAAGCAGACUACGUUGUCAACACAAGGAACCCUGUCGACUGUUCACUGUACGCAAGAGACGGAGCUCGCAACUCGAGGAGGUAAACGCAUCGCCUCUUUGCCAGUGUCCGAAAGGCCAUCGAUGCCCGAGAAGACACACCGAUCCAGGAUCACUGCCAGCAAGAUCUUAUUCCGGCGUUUUAGAAAUUAAGACGUACAGCGGAUACUGCGUACCUUUGCAAUCGCAUCAUUCCGAGGCAGUUUAUAACGUUUAACACGAUUGCAACUUGAUUUUGAAGCGUGUCGCAUGCAACUAGCGCGUUUGCACUCGCUCAAUGAUAAACAAUGACAAAAUAAAGGGAAAUUCUUCUUUCAUUUGUGAUAUUCGCGGCCGCGAUGUGUGCGUAGUUUCAGUAUUCUGAAAUUUUGAACGCGUUCUUCUCGAGCCAACAGGAAGAAAAAUAGUAGCACGGGGAGCUGAUCAAUCGCGAUUUUGGUGUCGAGGUGUAUAAGAAGACUAUAAGAUAAAAUUACUACCAAUCAGUGGUCUCGAGUGAUUUCCGUUCAUUUGGAGUUCCAAGUUGUACCGUCCAUUCAUAAAAGCCUAUAAAAUCGUAAAAUCCAUUGAACUGUUCCAUUCUCUCUGCACAAUCGAUACGACUCAAAAGUAAUUUUGAUUUCUUUCGUUUCGGAAAUAAAACAUGUUUGAAUUGGGAAAUAUUAGAUAUCAUCGUUUGAAAAAUAUCACGAUAGAAAAAGUCUGUUAUUAUACACAUUUCUUAUUAUAUACACGAUAUUGUUACAUUAUUACGUGCUACACUGUAGUGUAAUGUCUCUUUUGUAAAUAUUUAAUUUAACAAAAAAUUGAAAUAAACAAGUUUCAUUAUCGUCAAUUCAUUAUAACCAAUAUCACAAUCAUCAUUGCCGUAUCUCGUUUUCAUUAAUGUAUUAUAAUAAUAUUACAACGAGGUAUGUAAGUUAAGUUAGGCCUCAAUUAACUUUGUUAUUUAUAUCAAUUAUUGUUAUUAUAUGUAUAUGAAUCUUAUUAUUAUUAUUACUAAAUUUAUUAUUCUUGUUGUUCUAAUUUAUGUAGUAAUGGCGAUUAUUAAUUAGCAAUCAUUUUACCUGAUACCAAGUUAUGUACUCGAAUCUUAUGUAUGUAUGUAUGUAUGUAUGUAUGUAUGAAUAACGUAUGUAUAAUAUAUCCUCGAUUUCUUUUACGAGCAUUACAUAACGAGCAAAACGCUGUUUGAAAGACGUUAUCUCCUAGAAUUCAAACGAGAAGCGAAAUAGCAAACAAGAGGUGCAAAUAAAAAAAGAAAGAAA